CACACGGGUUGAAAGCUGAGCGUCUUGUCUGGGUCACAGAGAGUCUGUAUGCGUUGUACGGCUGGUCGGAACACCGGCGUUAUGGCUUCAUUGUCGUGCGUUGUGCUGGUUGCAAUGUUCGCAUCGGUGUCGUCGGAAUUGUACAUAGCUGAAGUAGCCAUGGACAACAUUCAGGGAACAGUCAAGUUCAACACCACUUCUCAGAAGAUAACGUUAAGUUUGUUGUUGGAUUGCGCCCAAGUCAGCAUCUCUUUACACGAAUUCCCGCUCAUGUACGGUCAUUUCAAGGACCCCUGCAACCAAUCAAACAUAGGGAAGAAGAUCUACGAGUUUACUGCGGACAGUCCCAACGUGACCCUGAAUGAGAGCAAGCUUUUCCAGAUCAAACCGGACCUCUCCGACCUGACGGUGGUCGUUGAUAGUUGUCUGGAUGGAAGUAAAGCGUGCGCCACUGUGAGGAGCGAUAUGCCCACCAACACCUGGCAGGGGAAGUUCUUUUCUUCCGUAGCCGGGGAUGUGUACAUUCGUCACAACGCUGGAGCGAAGACGGCGAGAGUACUGUCUAACCUCAUGGCAAUAAACGACAGGCAGACAACUGCAACUGUCUCUCUCUACCUAGAGAUCGGGACAGUAAGCUGUGCCUUGACAGUACCAAACGAUCGUUUAUUAGUCGGCAAUUUCAGCGUUGGCACACCUUUGAACCAAGUCAAGAGUCGCGUUGACGGAGUCUCUUUACCAAAGAGCAGUUCCAAGACAUUAUUGUACAUGUAUGAUGGGGCGGAGUGGUCUUGCGUUGAGAUGGAGGUGAUGAAAGAGAAGCAGGUUUGGGCUUACGUGAAUAUGAAAGGUGUGAAAGGCAAUUUCUGUUUCCGUCAGGUUUCCCCUUUUGAUGCCACAUACUAUACCAUGUCUCUGAUGAAUCUGCGGCGGAUGGCCGCUGCUUACCAUGUACAUAAUUAUCCAGUGCCUCAGCGCAGCACCGCAACCGAUAAGCUUUGUAGUCAUGAUAAUGUGGGAGGGCACUUGAACCCAUUUGGGAAGACUUCAUCCAGUCCUUCUUAUCCCCAGAGCACAAAUGAAACCCAUGAUCAAUACGAAGUUGGGGACUUGAGUGGGAGGCAUGGCGUUUUGAAAGGAUUGGACAUGGUGGAACGCAGUUUUACAGACUGGAAUCUUCCAUUAUUUGGGAGAAAUAGUAUUAUUGGCCACUCCAUAGUUAUUCAUCACCCCAACUCUUCGAGGUGGGUGUGUGGCACAAUUGGCCACCCUCGUGAAGUUCUCACUGCUGUAGCUGUAUUUAAGAGCCCAGUGUCAGGAAGAGUAAUUUUUCAACAACUGAAAAGCAAUCCCUCUUCAGACUUGUCUAUUUUUAUGGACCUUUCAUAUACCAACUCAUCAGCUCCCACAACAGAUGAUCAUUUGUGGUACAUUAACAAUUAUCCCAUCAGCUCUGAGUUAGAUUUGGAUGCAGAUGCUUGCUUAAGCACCAAUGGACAUUUUAAUCCUUUCAAAGUAGAUGUUGGAAAUAAUUAUAAUGUCGAGUGCAGUCCAGACAGUCCUUUCCGAUGUGAAGUUGGAGACUUUGCGAAGAAACAUCGAACAAUAAUGAUCACCAACCAAACAAAAGUUGUUGACAACAAGUAUUUCUUCACUGACACUACUUCAUCCCUAGCUGGGACUUCCAACAUUGUUGGUCGGUCAGUCGUCAUUCUUGGACAAAGUUUUUCAGCCAGUCCUCUAGCUUGUGCUAAUAUAACAUUUCUUCACCCAGUGUCGGUGGAGAUUGACUCAUGGAAGGGCAACGGAAAAGUUAAUGGAAAGGUGGCAUUUAAACAGCUUUUAGAUUUAGACAAUACUGUUGUGGAGGUUAAGUUAACAGAUCUGAAUAGUAAAACUGAAACUUACAAUAUCCAUGCACUUCCCAUCAAAACUGUCUCUCCCAAUGCAGAUGUUUGUUCUCUUGCAAAUAUUGGAGGUCACUAUAACCCAUUCAAUGUGAAUGGAUCUUUGUCUCCUGAGCCAGGCAAUGGUACGGUUGAUCAAUAUGAGGUUGGUGAUAUCAGUGGGAAAUUUGGACAGCUAAAUGGUUUGAACCAAAUAAAUAAAGAAUAUAUGGACAUGAACAUGCCCUUGUUUGGACCUCAUGGUAUUUCCAACCGUUCCUUGGUUAUUUAUCAAGAAGAUGGAUCACCUUUGCAAUGUGCAAAUCUGCUUGAAGUGAAGGCAACAGAUGGAGAGUUUGUUUACGCAAAAGUUAAAUUCGGUGGUGCAGUCACUGGAACAAUAACUCUGUCGCAACAGGUCUUCCCAGAUGGGAGUUCCAGUGACACAACAAUGAACAUAGACCUUGAACCUUCCGACCCAAAUGCAGGUGAUAUCCAUCACCUGAUGUGGCACGUUCAUACCUAUCCAGUACAGUUUGACAAUUGCACUGGUUUAGGAGGACACUAUAAUCCUUACAACAUAGACACAAAGGCCAAUUAUAAGUUAAGCUGUUCCCUUGCUACUCCUUUGCAUUGUGAGGUUGGGGAUUUAAAUUCCAAACAAGGUCCUAUUAGCCUUGGGAAGAGAUAUUUGAAGACUGAUGUCCAUCUACCAUUAAUCGGAGAUUUUACUGUGGUGGGCAGAUCAGUGGUGAUUCACAAUAAAGAUCAUAGCAAAAGCUUGAAGGAUUGUGCUAACAUUGUUGCCGAUUAUAAUGUGAAAUCACUUAAGUUUCCAAAUAUGGACUCAUUCAGCAGGUAUGAAUUCCGCAGGACUGUUGCAGAUACUCUAGGUAUUGCGAUCUGGAGAGUAACCAUUUUACCAGGGAGCCCAUCUGAAGCUCCUGUAAAAGGAUGCCAGCAAGUCACUUUCUACGUGGCAGGAAAUGUUGAUGAGAAGAAAAUGGCCAAUUUGGAGAAAGAAGAUAAAAUGGGCAAAUUCAAGGCCUCCAAAAAAUGUCCAGCAGAUUCUAGUGGUUCAACUCCAAGCCCGUUCCUGAAUGCCAGGCAGUUUGUAUUCUGGAUACUGACUCUGAUGUUGCAGUUCAUUCUCUACUCUGUAUUUGAAUAGAUACAUUGCAAAUAAAGUCAGCCAUUUGCUUCAGAAUCUCCAACUGGACCAAAAGAAAAUUGUGUAGUACGAUUAAAUAAAUCCAGGGGUUUUACUUUUCUGAUUUCCUUAGAUGGCACCAGAUGGUCCAUUCUUAGAUUUGCACUUUAUUUUUCUAUGAAUCAAUACAUAUUGCCUUAAAAUUAGGAUCUUUCAAAUGAUAACAUAUGAAUACUUCCUGCUAUUUAAAAGAAGUAGGAUAAUGGUCCCAUUAAAACAAGAAAGGAGUACGAUGAGGUAGAAUUUUGUUCUGGGUCACAUGUGCCAAACACACAGCACAGCUGCAACUGAGAGUUUGGAUGCCAUUUCUGUUCCAUUAAGUGAGUAAAACUAAACUUCUACAGUGAAGCACAAAAUACAGUUGCUACUCUAGUUUAGCCUGUGUGGCCAAGGUCAAAUUUCUAUACUGAGUCACUCAUGGGAUGGCACUGUAGCACGGUAGUUAGCACAACGUUUUACAGUACAGGCAACUCAGGUUCAAUUCAAUAAGGAAUUUAUAUGUUCUCCCCAUGAACGCGUGUGUUUCCCCGGGUGCUCCGGUUUCCUCCUCAGUCCAAAGAUGUUCUGGUUGGUAAGUUAAUUGGUCAUUGUAAAUUAUCUCGUGAUAAGGAUAGAGCUAAAUCAGGGGAUUGCUGGGCAGUGCUGCUCAAAGGGGUAGAAGAGCUGUAUCUCAAUACAUAAAAAAAAAUAGGGACUUGUACAUUAAUGUUCCAAAAAAUAAUGAACUCAAAGGUAUGUAUUUUGGUAAAUAUUAUGCAAAAAUCAUCACCAUAACAUUCUUACUGAGAUUGCUUGUUGGAUAAUAGAAAUGACAGUAUUCAGUCCUUUCCACCCUGCUGGUAUUAAGGAGGGCCUGCAGUAACCUGCUCUAGUUUUUCCUGUCCUUAUCUUCCUUUGUGUCUAUUUGCCCUUAUUUUGUUGUCUCCAUUUCUGCUUCAACAACUACCUAUGACAAAGCAUGCCAGCAUUGGAAAUCUGACUUGGGUUCAUACUUUUAAUUAAUAUACUUAUUUGAUUCAGCCAUUGCACUUGCCACCUGAAAAUCAUGACCCUUGCUCACAAUCCAACUCCCCCACUGAUGCCUGACUUGUGCAGGCCCGACACAGCAGCCAGCUGUUGCGCUAGUACACCCACAAAGCCUCUCAUCAACCCAUUUACAUACAGGCAUAGCUUGUGAAGGAAAGACUCUGUGAGCUAUUGAAAUUGUUGGCAAUGAGCACUCAUGUUAUACAUUCUAAGAAAGCAACACACAAAAUGCAGGAGGAACUCAGCAGGGCAGGCAGCAUAUAAGGAAAAGAGUAAACAGUCCAAGUUUCAGGCCAACACCCUUCACCAGUCCUGAUGAAGGGUCUUGGCCCGAGACACUGAUGUUUACUCUUUUCCAUAGAUGCUGCCUGGCCUGCUGAGAUCCUCCAGCAUUUUGUGUGUGUUGCUUGGAUUUCCAGCAUCUGCAGAUUCUCCCAUGUUUGUAAUACUGAGAAGUCAGUAUGUCCUAAUUUAUCAAUUCUCUACUUACAACAGAGCUGUAACUUGCAUAACACUUGGAUCUUUGAGAAAUCUCUAUGUCCAAAUGACUAAUUUACUAGACGAUUUAGUUCCUGUGCUCACCACUUCUUGACUUCCUGGAGUAUUCUGGGACAAUUCGACUUUACGCCUGAAAGUGUCCACAUGCUCUUCAGUUAAUCAAUCACUCCCAGCACAUCCCUUUCAAGUUACUUUCAGUUUUGAAUGGCCUUCAUCUUUAUUCCAUCAUGAUUAUGAUUUUAUUUUUGAAAUUUUUAAAAGUACAUUUUAUUUAUACUGAUCGCUCUAUUUCAAUAACUCUAUUAAUCUCUCUUUGUCAAGACCAACAUUAUCUUUAUCUGGAAAUAUUUAGCAGUUAAUCACCAAGAGUGCUGUCAGGAAAUCUGUUUAUCUCCCAGGACACCACUGCUUUCACACGCCUAUCCUGUUCAUGCCAAAUUUUGUACCAGUAAACAAAAAUAUUUCCCGGGGUAACUUGUAUCAGAAAUAGGUCAAGCCUAGAGUGACCACAAGCCAUGAAAGAAUUGGGUAUAUUAGGAGGCAGCCAUCGAUCCCAGGGGAUCAUGGGUUUGUGCCUCUGGUGGAUUGUGUCCUCUCUAGGCCACAAACCUGGGUGGGAAGAACCGGCUGUUUCCCAUGCAGUGGGUUCCCCCUCUCCACAUCACUGAUGUAGUCCAAGGGAAGGGCAAGCACUGAUACAGCUUGGCACCAGUGUCGUCUGAGACGUUGCCAGAGUGAAGUUGUAAACAACAUCAAACUGCCUUAGGGAUCCCGCCUCCAGAUUUCUUCCUUGGGGUUUACUCCUGAAGUUUUUCCCAUGGGUGUGUAUGGCUUAAAAUCAGAGGUUUAAAAUCAGAGUUUUUUUCUCCUAGGAGGGUUGCAGUCUAAGGCUGACGAGCCCCAUCUGCUCAAAGCAACUGGUUUUGAUAUGCCAGUAUCCAGCUUUGCCCCUUCUCUUGUCAGUAGAAACAGUUCCGCCGGGCCUAGUAGCUGAGCCACACAUAAAGGCCAAGCGUUGGUCGGGUGUCAGAGGCUGUUAGAGACGCAUGCCAUUUGGAGCACUUUAUAGGUAGUGAGUGGGAGCUUAUUCCCACUACCACUCCCAGCUAUGACAACCUUAGGGACCAAUUGGAUAUAACACCUGAUAAGUUCAAGUUACUCUGAUAGAUUUCUGUGUAUAUUUACCAAACUACCUUCGAGUUCAUUGUAGAUUGAUCAUUAUUGUCUUAAUAUAUUCCCUCUAAUUAAAUUUGUCACAAACAUAAACACAUGCUAUGGUUGAUAAUUGAUACAGUGCUAUCCAAUGCGACUUAGUUGGUCAUCAGAUUGUGUGUGUACAGUCUUGGAGUUUUGUUUAGUGUAGAUUAAAAUAUUACAGUUUUCAUUCUUAGGAAUUUAAAGCUGACAAUUAGCCAGUUUGAAUUAGUUUAUCUAUGUGUUGGUAUGACUCUUUCCAAAGAGAUACUGGAAUAUAAUCUGUAUUGUGAUUAUCUUCGUAUUGGGUUAUUUAGAUGUCAAAUAGCAAAUCAAUAGUUCGGGAACUUGGGAAGUAAAUUCCAUGAGUGGGUUAAAAGAAACAGAAUUAAAUGUGGGGAUUUGACUAAAUGAAGAUUGAUUUAAACUGUAAUCCAAUUGAUGGAACUGUACACCUACUAAAUGUCUUGUUUUAUUCUUAUUUUUAUUGAAAUUGAAGGAAAUUGUGGGAUGGGGCAGUGUGAAGGUAACUGGCACCAUUAGUUUACCAUCCAAGACUUGAAGUUGUAAAAUACAAUCAAAGAAAAGACAACAAAUUUAUAAUUAGAACAGUAAAAUGAAAAGUACUGAAAAAAGCUCUUUUAAACAGUUCUGUUUACAUUAAUUUUGGGUUGCUUUGUAUCUUAAAUGUUUUGCUUGUUUAAAUGCUGCCUGUUUUGCAUUAUAGAAGUGGUAAGUGCUUUUAAAGUAAUGGACAAGGAGAAAAUUAAUUUAUCCUGAUAUCACGUAUGUGAAAACAGUCGCCUGAAUGACAGUUUUGGUGUAUGUUUUUCCUUUUUGAGCAGUUCUAAAAAUCUUUAAAUGUACUUUUUGUACCUGUUUUGAUUUUUCAACUUUGAUCAAGAAAUGUAUUACCAAAAUCACGAUAAAACUCAUGAUUACCCUUCCCGUUCUGUUUUUAUCCUGGCUUAAUCCAUUGUCUCCUUCAAGGGACAUCAGCAACUUUAUCAAUGUGACUAGUCUUCACUCUUGAUAGACGCUAAGGUAAACAAGUGGUUAUGGACAAACAUUUAACAUCCCUAGAAUUCUAUUCUUACUCAGGCAGAAUACAGGACAGAUUAAAAAAAUAAGGUAUACGGAUUUAUUUCAUCUCUGUAACCCAGGAGACAGAGGUCAUAGAGUAGGAUCCAAACAACUAUGAUCUAAUUACUGUUCAAUCUGUCCUAUGUGACUUAGCAAUGUGCCAGGCCAUAAUUAAACCAAUUAAACAAUGAGAAAGAUUGUCUGUCUUUUUUUUUAACUUUGUUGUUCCUUGCUUACCAAAUCGGAGGCUGUGUCUUCUGAGGUGUGUAACCUAGAACAGUACAGCACAGGAACUUGCCAUUUGGCCCACAAUAUUGAGCCGAACCAGCUAAAAAGCAAAUCAAGGACACCAAACACUAAUCCUGC